AUGCAAGUAGGACGUAUUGAGGUUGUCGUUGGACCAAUGUUCGCUGGAAAGACUACAGAGAUGCUUCGCCGCAUAGACAGAGCAGAGCUUGGCCGCAGACGCUGUGUUGUCAUGAAAUACGAUAAGGACCAAAGGUACUCAACCGACAAAGUAUCAACACAUGAUCAAUAUAUGCAUGAUGCCAUCCCAUGCAAUGAGCUCAUGCCUCACUUUAACGAAUGUUUGGCUUACGAAACAAUUGGCAUCGAUGAAGGCCAGUUCUUCCCCGAUGUUGUAGAGUUUUCAGAGAAGCUCGCAAACUAUGGCAAGACAGUGAUUGUCGCUGCCCUUGAUGGAACCUUCCAGAGGAAGCCGUUUGGCAGUGUCCUCGAAUUGAUGGCCAAAUGUGAGUCUCUCACUAAACUUACAGCUGUCUGCUGCAAGACUGGUGGAGAGGCUGCUUUCAGUAAGCGUACUGUUAACUCAGAUUCCAUUGAGCUCAUCGGUGGCGCUGAAUCAUACACAGCUGCUUCAAGAAGUGCAUUCUUCGGAACAAAUACAUCUGGUGAGAUCCAUCUUACUGUUGGACCAGUUAAGAGCGGUAAGACUACUGAACUCCUUCGUGUUUUGAACAGAUACGUAAUUGCAGGACGUAAAGUUGUCUGCAUUCGUCCAGAAGAUGUAGUUGAUCACCACAAUCCUAAGUUUGAGAUGAAGCUCGUCAGAGAUCUUCCAGAUAUUGCUUCACUUAGCAAUUACGAUGUAAUUGGUAUUGACGAAGCUCAGAAGUUCAAAAACCUUGCUGAUUGGGCAGAUGAGCUUGCUAACAGCGGCAAGAUUGUCAUGGUCUCUGCUGUCGAUGGCGAUGAACAGCACCAUGCCUAUCCAGGAAUAAUUGAAUUGUUCCCACGCUGCGAAAAGGUUAUGAAACUUGAUUCAGUCUGCCCACUUACUGGUCUUCCAGCUCCAUUCUCUGCUGUUAUUGAUGGAAUCAGAAUGAUCCCGAUUUCUCGUCUCGGAAUAAUGUACCAGCAAUCACUUGGACUUGCACUCACAGCUGCACAUUAA